AUGGGCAAAAAAAUCGCCAUCAUCGGUGGAGGUGUCUCUGGCCUCGCCUGUGCGCAGCGAUUAGCGGCCGAGUCCGAGUCGAGCAUCGAUUCCAUCGUCGUCUUUGAUACCGGAAACCGCACGUGUGGAGGAAGAAUUUCUUCGCGAAUGGAUAAACAAAGCGGAUAUGAGUUUGAUCACGCGGCGCAGUAUUUCUCGGUGAAAGACAACAAAACAGAGUUUGCCGAGUACUGUCGAGAGGCAACGAAGAGAGGAGAGUUGUACGCGAUCGAUGAUUUGAGCCGAUACGGGAUUUUAAUGAGAGAAGAAGAUAAACAGCAGCAUUACGUUUUUCGUCGAUUUGAGGACGAACUCGUGAGAUACGCGUCGAAAGAUGGAUUUCGAGCGUUUAUCAAACAUUUGGAGGAAUCCGUUUUAGAUGUCGCGAGCGAUAGGAAGAACAGAAUAGAACGCCCUCAGUGGGUUGGAUCGAUGCAAAAAACCAACAGCAACACGUGGCUCUUAGCGAAUACGCAGGAUCGAUCGCGGAAAAAUUACAGAGAGUUGGGAGAAUACGAUUUCGUCGUCAUCGCGCAUAACGGUAAGUGCGCGUUUAAUUUGAUGAAAACGGCAGUGAAUAAUAACGCGGAAAAGAAGAACGAAAGUCCCAAGAUUUUGAGCGCGCUGAAAGCGAGCUUUGGUAUCAAGACGAGAGAGGCUCUGUAUAAGAAACGAGAGUUGGUCUUGAGCAGUAUUUGGUCCGCUAACGUUGCGAUUGGGAAUUUAGACGAAGACACGAUGCAAAAGUUGGACGCGUUUGAUGGCGCGCACGUGAUAGAAAACGAGAGUUUGGCGUAUAUUGGGAACAAUACGUUGAAGAAAAAGAAGAAGGAUGAGAUGAAUUCCAUCCGAGAGAUUACGCUUUUGUCGACGCCUGUAUACGGUAAACGAAACAAGUGCCCGCAAGAAGCAAUUCCCGCGGCGUUCGCGGAUAAAGUCCAAUUAGAUUUAGUAACAGAGUUGGGAAGAACUUUAGGCAUAGCUCCGAACGUGCUCAGCAACAACGUCGUUUUCUCCAAAAUGCAACUAUGGGGCGCAGCAAACGGAUUAACGGUAGCCAACAACGAGUACCUGUUCGACGCUAAUGCCUCCGUCGGCGUGUGCGGCGAUUGGCUCACUACCGACGAUCAAUCGCCAAGCGUAGAAACUGCAAUGCGAUCGGGUUGGCGCUUAGCCGAGGCUCUUUUACACGAAUCGACCGAAAACCACCUCCAAGUCAACUGGAAACCGGUUCAAAACGCGUCCGCUCUCGGACUGACCGUCCCUGGAGCGGAUCUGCCGGAUCCUCCUCCGGAAGAGGCCGACGACGCGAAGAACGCCGCGGGAAAAAAAACGUCGAGAAAUACUCAGCAAAGGAGAAAGCGCGCUCGCAAGCCACCGGUGACGGCGACGACGACGAUGUUCGCGCGAGCGAGCAUCCGCGUUUAA